CAGCUUGGUCUUUCCUAUUUUUUUCCCUUCAAAAAAUUCCAUCCCUGAGACAACAGGUCAGGAUGAACAGAGCAGAAUUGGAUGCCUUUGGGCAGCUACCGUGAGAAGUCAACCUCACUACGUCUUCCCUUCCACUUCUAGAAGCCUGGAAAUCAGAAUCCAAGCCAUUGAGCGCUGACCUCAAACUGGGGCCAUGAAACUCCUAGCUAGGUGCUUUGGGCAUCCUCGGACGCCUUGGGUGUUCUUUCACCAAGCAAAGAGAUGUCUGGCUUCUUUGAUCCCCUCCUAUUACGAAGCGGUGAAUCGGGGUGACCAGGAAGUGCCCGAGUACUUCAACUUUGCAAGUGAUGUGGUGGACAAAUGGAUGCAAGAGGAAAAGGAUGGAAAGAGAGCUCACCACCCAGCCUUCUGGUGGGUCAACAGUCAGAACAAAGAGGUGAAGUGGAGCUUUGAGGAGCUAGCUUUCUUGUCCCGAAAAGCUGCCAAUGUUCUCUCUGGUCCGUGUGGCUUGCAAAGAAGGGACAAAGUUCUGAUCGUUCUGCCCCGCAUUCCAGAGUGGUGGCUGCUCGUACUGGCUUGUAUGCGAACAGGGAUUAUUUUUAUUCCUGGAACGCCUCAGUUAACAGCUAAAGACAUUUCCUAUAGAAUUAAAGCUUCCAAAGCCAAAGGCAUUGUUGUGGCCGAACAGUCUGUCGAUGCAGUGGAUUCAAUCAUAGCUGAAUGCAAAUUUCUGAAAACCAAGCUUGUUGUGUCCGAUAAAGGCCGAGCUGGCUGGCUGAAAUUCAGUGACUUAUUACAAGCAGCCUCUGGUGACCAUGAUUGUGUCAAGUCACGAAGUGAAGAGUUAAUGCUGAUCUACUUUACGAGCGGAAGCACCGGGUCGCCCAAAAUGGUGGAGCAUUGCCACAGUUAUGGCAUUGGAUUUACAUCCAGCAGCAGGCACUGGAUGAAUCUGUCUUCUUCAACUGUGUUCUGGAAUACCUCAGAUCCAGGAUGGGUGAAAACAGCUUGGAGCAGCUUAUUUGGCCCAUGGAUCCAUGGGUCAUGUGUCUUUGUACAUCAUCUAUCCCAGUUUGAACCAACAGUCAUAUUAAACACCCUGGCGAAGUAUCCAAUCACAACUUUAUGUACCGCUCCUACUGCAUUUCGGAUGAUGGUUCAGCACAAUGCCACCAGCUAUAAAUUCAGAAGCUUGAAGCACUGCGUGACUGGUGGAGAACCACUCAAUCCCGAAGUGUUUGAGCAAUGGAAGACUCAGACUGGAUUGGAGAUUUAUGAAGGAUACGGACAAACCGAAACGGUAACAAUCUGUGCGAAUGUCCAAGGAAUGAAAAUUAAGCCUGGCUCAAUGGGAAAAGCAUCUCCACCCUACGAUGUCCAGGUAAUUGAUGAUGAAGGAAAUAUUCAGCCCCCCGGAAAAGAAGGAGAUGUGGCCAUCAGAAUCAAACCCAAACGACCAUUCUGUCUUUUCUUGAAAUACACAGAUAACCCAGAAAAAACUGCAGCCACUGAAUGUGGGGAUUUUUACAUCACCGGAGACAGAGCGGUCAAAGAUGAAGAAGGCUAUUUUUGGUUUGUUGGGCGGUCCGACGACAUCAUCAAUUCUUCGGGAUAUCGCAUUGGCCCUUUUGAGGUGGAGAGUGCUUUGAUGGAACACCCAGCAGUGGUAGAAUCCGCUGUUGUCAGUAGCCCGGAUCCUAUUAGAGGAGAGGUAAGCUAGGCCCUUAUGCCAUCAAUUAGACAAUAG